AUGGCACGAGGCAAUCCGAACAUUUUCGAGGGGCAUAAAACGUUUCAUCUCUUGACCUACAAUACAUUCCUCAUUCAUAUGCUCAUUGGAGAAUCACCUCCCUAUAAAUCGGAACGAGUCAAGGGAUUUUUACAUCAAUUAAACAAUGAUGAAAAUCAAUUGGAUUUUGUAUUUUUUCAAGAAUUGCACCGAUUUGGAAAUGUUUGGUUCAAACUCUUUGAUAAUUCGCCGUAUGAUGAAAUGUUGAAUGGAUUGAUUCAAAAAAAAAUUGGACAAAAACUUGCUUUCCAUGUGGUGGAAUCUAAAAAACCAUUUCCACUCUGUCAAGAUUCUGGAUUGGUGAUUUUGAGUAAAUAUCCAGUGUUGAAAUCUGAAAAUUACAUCUUUAAGAGUACAACUUGGAGAUCAUAUGUUACUGCAAAGGCUUUUGAUGAAAAUAAGAGACGUCUCCAAAUUCAAGAAUUGGUUCAAUUUAUUAAGGAAUGUAUUGAACCUUUUUUACAUACUACAGAGGCUCCUCCAAGAAUUAUCAUUUCAGGAGAUUUCAAUAUUGACAGUAUUAGAGAAGAAAUGUACAACGAAAUGAUGAAUCUGUUGAAUACGGAAAUUGGUUUGUGUCAAGAUGUUUUUGGCUCAAAAGUUUCCGAGCAUCCUACGACUUUUGCUGGAGUGUUGUGUUUGGAUCAUGUGAUAGUGAGUGGAAAUUUCAAAGCACAACUGAAAUUGUGA